AUGUACCAAAAUCGCCAGGCGUAUGCGCCUACACCACAUAGCUACAUUCCAAAUACCACACUCUCGGCAACCAUAAAUCUUAACGAAGUACCUAGCCUUUCCUAUAUAUACCCCUCCAACAAGGCUGACAUGAAUGUUCUGCAGGAAGUCAAACUCUCAGAGACCCGAGCAGAACGAGAUCUCCAGGAUUCUCUUGCGGAAGUGUUCAGCAUUAUCAUUACUCUAGACGAACUCGAAAAAGCGUUUCUCAAGGACGCCAUUUCCGAAUCAGAUUACACGGAGAUAUGUGAUAGACUGUUGAAGCAGUACAAGGCUAUUUUGACGGAUGAAGCUGUGGCCAGGGAGUUUGUCGAUUUGGAUACUUUCAAGAAUGAAUGGGAUAUGGAAGUACCGCGAGCGACAGAACGGAUACGAACUGGGAUGCCAAGCACAGUAACAGCACCCUCUCAUAAUGCUACGACAACGAGCAACAAUGGAACGAACGGGACAUUGAUUCUCGAAGCUACGCAAGACUUUAUUACCUUCCUCGAUGCACUUAAACUUGGAUUACUGGCGAAAGAUCAAUUGCAUCCGCUGCUUUCAGAUGUUAUAACAAGUGUCAAUAAGGUUACGGAUAGGGAUUUUGAAGCGAGGGCCAAGAUUGUGCAGUGGUUAAUAACUUUGAAUCAGAUGAAGGCGACGGAAGAAGUCAGUGAAGAUCAGGCGAGGGAGUUGGAGCUUGAUAUGAAUUCAGCAUACCAGGGGUUUAAAGCGACGUUGAAGUGA